UGUUAAUAUCUCGUCGUGUGCUAUCUCACUGGUCAUUCUAGAUUGUUGGUCACAAAAAAGAAAUAUGCCUUAGACUAUAACUAAACCGUAAGUGUAAAUUAAACGCGUAAAAAGACGGCGGUGGAAAAAAAUCGAUCCCGUUUGUACUCAGUCGAAAUUCACUGCCUACACUAAUACAUUUAAAAAUCAUUCAAGUACUAUUAAAAUAUAAACCUGCACAAUGACUAUUUCCAGUAUAGAAAUGCACAAUCGCGUAAUACGUCAAUUGGAGAAUUCUCAUAUCAAAAUAUCACCAGAGAAUGAAUGGUUUAAGCAAUGUGUGGAUUUCUUCAUGUCAGAUAAUCCAAACUGUGAUGCAAAAGAUUUAUCUUCUAUGGUUAUUGAACAAUUAAGUUUAUCUGAUUUUCAAGAAAUUGCAUUGUUUAGUUUACCAGCCAAUUUAAAUAAUUGUGAUAAAAAAAUGUUGAACGGAAAAUACUGUCUUCAGGUGAAUACUAUUCUUGAUGUUGGCCAAUCAUGUUAUUCACAAUACAAUAUAAUAGCUAAAAGAGACACUAGUAAUACUGAAAUUGGUGAUAAUAAACCAGCUCCUUGGGAACCUAAAUCACAUAGAAUGUUAAAAAUGAUGUGUUCCGAUGGUCAACAGGAUAUAGUGGCUAUGGAAUACGAGCCAUUGCAUUGUCUUAAAGAGCCAUUUAUACCUGGCUUCAAAAUUGUAGUUAUUGGACCAGUUGAAUAUAGAAAAGGAGUAUUACUAUUAAAAUCUAGUAAUGUACAUUUCAUUGGAGGCGAGGUUGAACAUUUAUUAAUAAAAAAUGCACCAUUAAAUGUUUUGUGUAGAGCUCUAAACAAACCUGAACUAGAAAAUCCGUAUGUGUUUUCAAACAUUGAAGUUGAAAAUGCUGUUGUGGAAGUACAGGAACCACGUGAUAUUCCACUAAGACAGAUAGAAAAUGUUUCUAGAGUUGGUAUAAGAGAACAAGAUUCUGGAAUUCCCCCAACUUGUACAAAUCAAAGUAAUAAUAACAGUGGUAUUGGAAAUGGAAUUAUUACAUAUGAUGAUUUUUUUGAUGGUGAUGAUGACGAUUUAUUAUAUUUGACUCAAAUGGCUGAAAUUGAAACACAACUUACUCAAUCUAAUAAUAUUGUAAAUUCUGUACCACCGCAAACAUUUGAUGCACAUCAACAUAAUACCAAAGUCAAUAAAACAAACACUUCAGCACCUAAAAAUAACAACAUAAUAACAAAUAAGAAGCCACUAGUCACUGCAAAACAGACUAAAAUAUCUGAUAUGUUAGGUCCAAGUACUUCAUCGACAUCUAGUAGAAAUUCGUUUGCUGAAUCGACUAGGUGUCAAAAUGAUAAUACAAUAAACAACAGCCAUAUGGCUGUUAAACAUACAUCUGGGAAACGUAUCGCUAGUUCACCAGUAUACACGGAAACUAAAAGGCCAUCAAUCGAACUGCACACUCCAGUGGAUGAUUGGGGUGAUAUGGAUAUGGAUAUGGAUAUGGACAUUGAUGUUUUAAACCCGUCGAUCAAGGUUCUAAAUUCUGCUUCUAUUGUUAAGAACUCAAAAAUACAAGUAAAACAAAAUGAAUGGAUAUGUUCUGGUAUUGUAAUGGAUGAAUCAAAACAUGAAGAAGUCGAGUUCUCGUCAGAAGUAUUGGAACGAUUAAUUGGAAUUUCAUCCGAAGAAGUUCUUCAGUUAAAAAAUAAUCCUUUAAACUGUGCCCCUCUUAAAGAAAAAAUUGAAAAAGGAAUUAAAGGAGCAUAUAGAAAAAUGCACUUAUUCAAAGGUAAGGUAACUUUAACAUAUUCAUUAGAUAGAAAAAAAAAACCAAUUAUUACAGAUAUGGAAAUAGUAUAACUGUUUAAUAGUACAUUAUACUGUGUAUUAUAUUAAGGACAUUAUUAUAUUUAUGUCAUAUUUACAGUGACAAAAGUUAUAUGACCUAUUUUUAUUAUUUUAAAUAAAUGUUAUUUGUAUUUACAUAUUUGUUAUUUAUCACCAAUAAAACAGUUUGGUGUAUAAAAAUACACAAAAAGUUACACAGUUGUACAUUUUAGUAACUUUGUCUUAUAAUCAUCAAAUUCUUUCAUUAUUAAACUGAAAAUUAUUAUUUUUAUUUUUAUAAAAAUAUACAUAUACUUAUUAUUAUACAAAUAAAAAAUAUACAUUUAUUUAAUUUAAAAUUUCUUUAACUCAAAUACCAAAUUCCAGUGUAAUUACAUAAUAUAAUAUAUUAUGUUAUAUAUAAAUAUAUUUUCGUUAGGCAAUUAUUCAAUACAAUAACAGUCUUAGUUUACUAAAUAUUUUUUAAACUACAUUUUAAUUAAAUUAAAUUAUGUUUAACAAUGAUUGUGCUUUGUGAUUUAAUUCACGAAUUGUAUCAAAUUAGAUAACUUAAAGUACAUGCUAUUGUAGUACAAUGGCUAAAAUUAAAAUAAAUUAACAUGGCUACCUCAAUAAGUACAUAAUAUUAUCUAUAAACAAAAUCACAAUAAGCAGAUUAUCAUAGUGCAUUUGCAAGCUAAAUGCAGAUAGGUUUUGUUCUUAAAAUUAGAUUUCUCAGUGAAUUAAAUUACUUAAAUUAAAAAUAAUUACUACAAAUUUAGUUAUUAAGAAUUUCAUAUUAAUAUAAUAGUACAAUAUUGCUGUAUUAACGGUGUAUAUCUAUGAUAGAUUUAUGAACUGUAUAAUAUGCGUACAUAUAUUUAUUUCAAAAUAUUUCAGUAGGAUUUUAUUUUCACAUGUAAACUUGAUUAAUCAUCAUGUGCAUCAACGCCACCACCCAUAAAAUCUUUAAAGUUCAGUGCUAUUUUGUGUGGAUAACACCUAUAACAAGUAAGAACAAUAAACCACAAUGUAUAUUGUAUGUUAAUAUACGGCUGUUGUUAUACAUUUUAUUAAACAAUUUUAAUUUACCUGAAGAUAUUAUUGAUGACGAGCAAUGGACUCGGAAUGGAAUGUUCAAGUAAGUUCUUUUUAACAGCGGAUAUGAUUUCUUUUGCUGUCGAUUCGGGUGUUACGAGUGGUAACAAACUGGGAAAACUGUUUUAAUAGUUUUAUGAAGAAAACGUUUACAAACACUAUAGUUCUAUAUAAAUAUUUUAAUUACCGAAUAAUAGGUUUUUUGCACAGACCAGUGUCGACCAUAUAUGGGAAAAUUGAUGUGAAAUAGAGAUUUGUGAAGCCAUCUUCUCUGCAUUCGUCCAUUAUCGCUUCUGCUAGACCUUAAACCAAAACAAUGUUUAGGUUGUUAGUACUUAUUAUUAUAAACAUCUGUUGCAAGCUAAUAAUCACUAACCUCUCACUGCAAAUUUGGACGCACAAUAAGGCACCAGAUUCUUCAAGCCAAUUAUACCAGCCAUUGAUGACAAGAAUACUAAAUGUCCUUUAUUUAUCGCUUUCAUUCCAGGUAAAAAGGUAUCAAGCAUC